AUGAACGGUUCAUACGGUAAUAAUAACGGUUUUAUUGUACGUCUUCGUGGUUUGCCAUGGAAUACAACACAAGUUGAAGUACAAAAUUUUCUUCAAGGAUGUAAUGUUCAUCAAACAAAUUUUGUACUAAAUGAUCAAGGUCGAGCAACUGGUGAAUGCUUUGUAAUAUUAGAAUCACAAGAAGAUGUUGAUAAUGCAAAAAAUUUUCAUCAAAAAAAUAUCGGCAGUCGUUAUAUUGAAGUAUUCGAAUCUAAUUCGGAAGAAAUGAAUCAAACAGUAAAGAACAAUAAUAACAAUAAUAAUAAUAAUAAUAUUCAUCAAAAUAAUGAAAAUAAUCCUUCAAAUCCAAGUACUGAAAAUUGGCGUGAACCAGUCGUUCGUUUGCGUGGUUUACCAUAUAAUUCAAGUAAAGAAGAUGUUCAAGGCUUUUUCGAGGGACUCGACAUAGCUCAGAAUGGUGUACACAUCUCCUCGAGCAAACCAGCAGGCGAGGCUUUCGUCGCUUUUGUGAACAUGGACAAUGCCCUACGAGCUUUGGAAUUCAACCGCAUGAAUAUGGGGCAUCGCUACAUUGAAGUAUUCAAAUCAACAUAUGCCGAAGCUCGUGCCUCAAUUAUGAAUGAUACACAAUCUAUGGCACGACAACGUGGUGGUAAUGGCGGAAAUAACGGACCUAAUCAAAAUUAUGGAUCUCAACGAGAAGCAAAUUUUAGUGGUAAUAGUGAUAGCAUAAGUGGAGAUGGAUAUAAUAAUAAUGUAAAUCAAUAUAAUGGUCCACCAUCAAAUAAUUACAACUACUAUGGUGGAGGCGGUAAUGGUAGUGGUGGUGGUGGUAAUUAUCCAGCAAAUAAUCAAAUGGGUGGUGGAGGUGGUGGUGGAGUAAAACGUCCAAUGUCAGUAUCAUUUACAAUGAAAAUACGUGGUGUACCAUUCGAAGCCGGUGAAAAAGAAGUCUUUGAAUUCUUCGCUCCAGUUGUACCUAUUCGCCUUGAACAAGAAAAUACUCCUCGUGGUAAACCACCAAUAUGGUAUGCUGAAUUUGGUUCACGUGAAGAAGCAACUGAAGCAUUAACAUAUCACAAAAAAUAUAUGGGAACACGAUAUAUUGAAUUAUUACCACUAUAUGAUGAUGGCGGCAAUCGAUCAAAAAUGGUUCGCACCUGA